UUUCUCUCUCUCUCUCUCUCUCUCUCUCUCUCACGAAGAGCACAAUCUCUGUGGUUCUUCCUGUUUUUGGAACUUUUUUCCCGGUGCGUUGGUUUUUUUGGGGAGACAAUGAGGGAAAAGACGGCUCCGGACAUGGCAACGAUCACAGAAUCUCUGGAAAGAUCGAUGCAAAAUUGUUCUCUGAGCAAUCGGAGAAGAAGGGUCGGUGUCGGAGAAGAAGAAUCAUCGACAUCGGACGAUAAUUUCUACUCGACGACCGACGAACACAUCCCGAUCUCAGACAGAACCUUGGAGCUGAAUUCCCACAUCUCUCUUCCUCGUCACUGGGAACAGUGUCUUGAUCUCAAGACAGGAGAGAUUUAUUACAUAAACUGGAAGAACGGGAUGAAAGUGAAGGAAGAUCCGAGGAGGAGAGUUGUGAAGAAAGAAUACAUCGGGGAAUCGUAUUCGGAAGGAGACAGCUCUUACGACAGCGAAGAAUCGUCGUCUGAGUCAUCGUCUCCUUCUCUGUCAUCGUUUUCAUCGAGGGAGAAGGAAGUAGAAGAAGAGGAAGUGCUUGUUGUUGCUGGUUGCAGGGCCUGUUUCAUGUAUUUCAUGGUUCCUAAACUUGUGGAAGACUGUCCGAAAUGUUCAGCUCAACUCAUCCACUUUGAUCGGCCUGAUGAAUGAUUCUGCUUCUCCUUGAUGGAUUUUCUUUGUUUUUUUUUUCUAUUUUCAUUUAUUUUUGUUUUCUCCAUUUCUUGUGAUUGAGUUUCUUAGGUUCUGUCCUAUAAGAAUGGUUCUUGAAUCUUGACUGUGCGUUAAGAAUGUGGGGUGUUCUCAAAGGUUAAUCCAAAAAAAAAGGAGGAUUAAUGUUUUAAUGUGUUAAUAAUCAUCCCUCGCUAUUGUGAGGGAAAAAUGGGGUAA